ACGGCUCGGGUCAGGUCCUAUCAUGGCGGCUGAAGAGGCGGAUGUGGAUGUCGAAGGGGACGUGGUGCCGGCGGCGGCACAGUCUGGAAGUGAUGAAAAUACAGCAUCUGUUUUACAAGAUCACUAUCUUGAUUCAUCAUGGAGAACUGAGAAUGGUCUUAUUCCUUGGACUCUGGAUAGCACCAUCAGUGAAGAGAACAGAGCUGUCAUUGAGAAAAUGUUGUUGGAAGAAGAGUAUUAUUUAUCCAAAAAGUCACUUCCAGAAAAAUUCUGGCUUGAUCACAAGGAAGAUGAUAAAAAAUACAUGAAGAGUCUGCAGAAAACAGCAAAAAUCAUGGUACACUCUCCUACAAAACCAGCCAGUUACUCAGUAAAGUGGACGAUAGAAGAAAAAGAGCUGUUUGAACAAGGGCUGGCUAAGUUUGGCCGAAGGUGGACCAAAAUUGCAAAGCUGAUUGGAAGUCGCACUGUUUUACAAGUGAAGAGUUAUGCCAGACAAUACUUUAAAAAUAAGGUAAAAUUAGAUGUUCCAGAAAAGGAAACACCAAAUCAGAAGCACGUCAGUGAUUUUCAGGUGAAAAAUGAAGGUGAAGGCACAAAAGCGUGGACACAAUCAGGUUUAUGGGGACGUGCUGAUCCCAACUUGAAUGCUGUAAAAAUUGAAAAGUUAUCUGAUGAUGAAGAAGUGGACAUCACAGAUGAGGCAGAUGAGUUGACUUCUCAAACUCCCCAAAAGAAUCUUAGCAGUGAUCUCUUCUUAGACAUCCGUAAUAGUACAAGUCAUGAAACCAGUCAAGGAGAAUUCAUUGCUUCUGACAGCCGGGAAGAGCCCAUUUCUAAAUCUUCCAAGGAAUGUCUUCAGAAUAUAAAAGAAAAUGAAAUGGAAACACUUUCAAGCUCAGAAGUUACAUUUCGAACUGAAAAUCAGAGCACCGGUGACCAAAAAUCAGUUGAAUUAAAUGAUCAGAAAUGUAAUGAACUGACAAAAACCUGUGAUAAGCAUGAUGGAAACGGAAUAAUAGAUGAUGCCAGGCAGUUGCCUUCUCCAGAGCCUUGUGGAGUUCAGAAAGACCUGAGUGAUAGUGAAUUGCUUUUUCAUUCCUGCCAAAUGGAGGAGAGCCAUGAGGAAGAAGAGCUUAAACCACCAGAACAAGAAGUGGAAAUAGAUAGAAAUAUCAUUCAAGAAGAAGAAAAACAAGCCAUUCCUGAGUUUUUUGAGGGGCGCCAAGCUAAAACACCAGAACGCUAUUUGAAAAUUAGGAAUUAUAUUUUGGAUCAGUGGGAGAUAUGCAAACCGAAAUACUUAAAUAAGACCUCAGUGCGUCCUGGCCUGAAGAACUGUGGGGAUGUUAAUUGUAUUGGACGGAUUCAUACAUACCUCGAGUUGAUAGGAGCAAUCAAUUUUGGAUGUGAACAGGCCAUAUACAACAGGCCACAACCAGUCGAUAAAGUACGAAUCAGAGACAGAAAAGAUGCGGUAGAAGCGUACCAACUCGCCCAGCGUCUGCAGUCUAUGCGUACGAGGAGACGUAGGGUCCGAGAUCCAUGGGGAAAUUGGUGUGACGCAAAAGACUUAGAAGGACAGACGUUUGAGCAUCUUUCUGCUGAGGAGUUGGCAAGAAGAAGAGAAGAGGAAAAAUGUAAACCUGGUAAAUCUUCAAAAGUGCCAAGACCAACAAAAAGCUCAUUCGAUCCUUUCCAACUGAUACCUUGUAAUGUUUUCAGUGAAGAAAAGCAGGAGCCAUUUCAGGUGAAAGUGGCUUCAGAAGCACUUUUAAUAAUGGAUUUGCAUGCUCACGUUUCUAUGGCAGAAGUGAUUGGUCUUUUAGGAGGAAGAUACUCAGAACCUGAUAAGAUAGUUGAAGUCUGUGCAGCAGAACCGUGCAACAGCCUGAGUACAGGACUGCAGUGUGAGAUGGACCCUGUCUCACAGACACAGGCCUCGGAGACCUUGGCUGUCAGGGGCUACAGUGUUAUUGGAUGGUAUCAUUCUCAUCCUGCCUUUGACCCUAAUCCUUCCUUACGAGAUAUUGACACUCAAGCCAAAUACCAGAGUUACUUCUCCAGAGGUGGUGCAAAGUUCAUUGGAAUGAUUGUUAGUCCUUAUAAUCGAAAUAAUCCUUUACCUUAUUCUCAGAUUACCUGCCUGGUUAUAAGUGAUGAAAUUAGCCCAGAUGGCUCUUAUCGUUUACCUUACAAAUUUGAAGUACAACAGAUGUUAGAAGAACCUCGGUGGGGAUUAGUGUUUGAAAAGACAAGAUGGAUAAUAGAAAAAUACAGGCUAUCCCGGAGCAGUGUCCCCAUGGAUAAAAUCUUUCACCGGGAUUCUGACCUGACUUGUUUGCAGAAACUUUUGGAGUGUCUGAGGAAAACUCUGAGCAAAGUGACCAAUUGCUUCAUUGCUGAAGAAUUCUUGACUCAAAUAGAAAAUUUAUUCCUUUCCAAUUACAAAAGCAAGCCAGAGAAUGGAGUGGCCGAAGAGAACUGUACUGUGGGACCAAAGGAAUUGUUAAUGUAAUUAUUUUAAAGUAAGACAUUUUAAUCUUGACACAGUUGAUCCUACUUCCAAAAUUAUAGCCUUGAAAUUACUGUAAGUUAGUUAACAAUGGCACAGCUUUAUCAUUUUUUUGCUAGUUCACGAAAUCCAAACUUUGCCACAUAUACCAUGUGACAAGAAGGAGAUGGACUUGUUCGCACGUGGUGGUUAUCAGUGUUGUGCUGAAGCAGGGUCUGCCCUAGUGCCUGGUCCGCUGUGGCUAGUAGUCAGGCCCGGGGACUGCAGAGCGGCGGCCUCACUGCUGUCUUAAGGUGGAUACGUGGAAUGUGUCUCUAAUUUUUACUUCUCCCCAGACUAGUCAUUUCAGUUUGGGUAUCUCGUGUCUCGUUAGGAGCACUUCCAUUCUUUUCAUGUGUUUUGAUGAGGCUUGUUUAUGGUUGCAGAUGAGAUGUGAGUGAGUGGUCACUGAGGUGAUUAACAUGGCUGAGAACUGCUGGUUUAAUAAAUGUAACAACAUGCUAUGGGAGGCCAGCGGAGGCAUCAGGAGAAAGUCCUAAUGGAGAAGAGACCCAAAGGAGAGAAUCAAAUUACCAAUUUUUAAAUUACAGAUAUUUGCUUCCAUUUUAGUUUAUAACAGCACUACUAUAGGAUAUACCAUUUUCUCAGCUGUCUGAAACAUUUUGUAUGGGUUUUAGAUACAUAAAAUAAUGAGCCUGAACUAUGUGUCCACUGACGUUUGUGUGUGAUAAAGCCAGAACACAGGUAAUCAUAACUCUUAAACUAGUUUUUUUUUUUUUUCCCUACUACCUGCUAUUGGGGGAAAGAGGCAAAUUACAGUAAAGUUUAAAGAAAUCAGAGAUUUAAUUUUAAAAACAAAAAAAUCCUUUCGGGAUAUAUUAUAUAUACUCAGCCAAGUUUCAUAUACUUGCUGAAUCCAGAGCAGAGGUCAGCAAACUUCCUGUGUAAAGGGGCAGUUAGUCAGUAACUGAGGUUUUGCAGACCACAUACUGUCUCUAUCAGACAUUCUUCUCUGUAUUUUUUUGCAACCCUUUAAAAACAUAAAACCAUUCUUAGCUCAUGAGCCUCACAAAAAACAAGUUGAUGGUCAUUAUCUUCUAAACCCUGCUCCAGAGACUUGCAGACAUUUAAAAUUUAUUUUCAAAUGCAUGAGCCGGAGAUACUGAAAGGUCUUCCAUCAGCUUCAAACAAUCAUAAAACUAAAAAUUUUGAUUUACAUUUAAGUACAUUUUCAGAUGAAAGCAUUCAUGCUACCUGAUUUAUUCUGAUAGAUUUGAGUUUAUUAACUAUAGAAUUGACAAAUAUCCAUUCUCCACGCAUUCUUACUAAUAACAGUUUUAUUACAUCUAAUCUUGGUAUAAUUCUGUACUUCUACCUUUUUUGGUUUAAUGAAUAUCAAGGAAAAUAAGUCAGUAUUGGAAGGAGCAGUGAGCCAGUUUUGGAUGACCUGGGUCUUGGUCCAACCUUGUGAUUUGGGGGGAUAUAGUUUCCUUCUGGGGUCCUAAAUUCUUGUAUAACUGCAUCUAAAUUAUCUUCCUAGCAUCAUUCCAAGUCUAAAAUCUUAUGAUUCAUUUUAACUGUUGGACUGCUCGCCUGAAACUUAUAUUUUGAGAUGGUACAUUUCCCAAAUUACAAAUGUUUUUAAAGAAAAGUGUUAGUAUUUUCCAUUUUUCCAUAUGCAUUUAGGAUAAACAGUGAAACAUAACUUACAAAGCAGUUACUUCUGAGACUGGGGUUAAAAAUGCUGUAAGACCCAAAAUCAGGAAACCUGAGUUUUUCCCCUGAUUCUGUUACCAGCUUUGUUGUGACAGUGAUAAAAUCACUUAACCUUCUGGACCUCAGGCUCUUCGCUUGUAAUUCAAGGGCAGAAAGUCUGAUUCUGCAAAAGGUAGUAAUUCAUUCCUUUGUACUCCUUUGUAUGUCCUUUUGACAAACUGCCUUCCAUGUAUGUUGGAAACAGAGCCUGGAAAACAGUAUUAAUUAGCUUUCUUGAUUGACAUUUUCCUAUAUUAUGGAUGAACUUGGGAAUGGAAAAGAGAGGAAAUUGUUAAAAGUUCUGUUCUCAAAUCUGGGUCUUCUGCAUGCUGGUGGUCAACCACACUUACUAACCUAAGCCAUACUGUGAGGAACUCAGAUGGGAGAGCUCAGGGUUUAGAGCUUCGAGAGCACAAUUUUUAAAUUAAUACUUGCUGAGUGGUUUUUCUUUUUUUUUUUUUUUUUUUUGGAUGAUGCAAGUACAUUUAUCUUAUAAAAAUUUUUUUAAAACAAAAAUAUCUCUAUCCUACUAUCUAGAAAACCACAGUUAACAUUUUAGUAUAAGUCCUUCCCCAUUUUUUGGAUCAUGUAAUAUUAGUACAUUAAAAUCUGUGAUGUUUUCCUCCCCUUCUCCCUCAUUCAUUCUUCUUUUCUCUUAUGUUCUUAAAACAUUUUUGCAACAGGUGCCCACAUUCCUGUCAUUGCCGAUCUUGGCCUGCUGGGGGCAGUUGGAGGAGACAGAGGAAACCUAGUGGCAGGGUCACGCAGAAAGCUCCGUAGGCAGGGUCUCAGAGGAAGGCCUGCCUCUGCUAAUGUUCACAGGGUGGAGAUAGGACUUGAAAACACCCAAAUCUCUUCAUCCUGAUUUGGUUCUUAUAUUGCACAAUAAUGAGUUUGCUUCCCCCCAUCCCCAUCUUAGCUAGUGGGAAUGGCCACAAUUCGCCAACAUCAGGCUUAACUCUCUUUAAAAAUCAAACCUCAGAGUAACAUUCAAAAAAAGAAAAAUCAGUGGAAUAAGAUCCACAAGACCAGAUGCUCCUUCCCCCUCCCCGACCCACUGGCCCUGUGUUCAGAGCUGCAUUAUGACUUUCAAGAGCCUUAGGUACUUUUGCCUUCUCGGGCCUCUUCUUCCAUAAAAAUUUAAAACAUGUUAGAAUUGCAUUCAUAUAAAGUGAAUUUAAUAUUAUAUAUAAACACUUCAUUCUAAAAGUUUGGGUUUUUUUCUUAUGAAUUUAAAAAAAAUUAAAACGUUUUUGUGGGUCUCUAAAAGUAUUGUGGGUCUCAUGGUGCCUAGCAGACAAGCUGGCCCUGCCCAUACUCUGAAGGGGGUGCUGGGGGAGUGGCAUCACUGCCCUAUCCCCUGGAAGCCUCCCUCAGACCCUGGGGGCUUGGCCAGGAACCCUGCGAUUCCUGCAGCCUCAGAUCCAUAGACUUGAACUUCAUUCUUUACUGACCUGACCAACAUUCAGGAGUAUUACUUGGGACCAUUCAUCCCUAAAAGAAAGAGGCCUUAGUGGCUGCUUUUAGUGUUCAGGUAGAUAUUUUGUUCUGAUUCUUAAUCUGUAGUUUUGAAACACAUGCCACGUGUCCUGUCGCCUUUUCUUCCUGCGUUUCAUUUCCCUCAAGCCCUUUUCUUCAUCCCCGUUCCCUCCACUUCUUACCUCUCAGGAUGUAGGUACAAGGUCCUUCAUUCUGUCAUGCGUUGAAAGCAGGGCCUGAAGAAUAGAGAUGAACAGACCCAUUCAUAUUUCCCAGAAGCUGACGUGCUGCCCCAGCCUUCUCUCCAUAACUGGCCUCACCCCAGGAGUGGGGUGAGGGCCGUGGCUGCAGACCAUCUGGGCAGCAGCUGAGACCGGGGCCCAGCAGGCCAACCUGGGCGGGCCUCCUGCUCUUCAGUUCACCUUCUCCCGUUUCUCUUGCUGGGUCCUGAUGAAGUGAGCUGAGGGAUCUGGAGGAACUGACGCAGUCAGGAUGCCCCAGGUGACAGCCGACCACCUGGAAGGUAGCUGCCCAUCCUCAGGUCACCAGCAGGCAUCCAUUUGAUGAAUUUCUUCAUAGAAAUUAAGUCAGGGUACCCAAAUUUGCUGGGUUUUUUUUUUUUUUUUUAA